CAAGUUGGUGUGAUUACAAUGGAAAUAACCUCCUGCUAAUAAUAUCACACCAUAAAUGCACGCAGAAAAGGAAGAGGAAGAGGAGGAAGACGGGGAGAUGGGUUGUGAUGCGGAGCAAAAUUCGCGGUAGGCUCUGCAAAGAAAGGCAAACAAGUAGGCUCAGGCGGAGGCGGAGGCGGAGGAGGAAGAAGACGAAGGCGUUGGUGUCUUUUCCCGUUCACCUCGCCGGCACGCCCAUCAUUUCCUCCGGUACCAAUUCGUUCCCCCUCUCUUGACACCGGAGGCGAAGAACAGGAACUGACAGAGAGAGGGGACAUGAAAAGGUCCCCUCUUUUUGGUGAAAUCAUAUCCGUCAUUUGAUCCGCAGAAGCAGAAAGAGGAGGAGGAGGAAGAGGAGGAGGAGGAGGAGGAGAGGGGGAAGGAAAAGGAAAGCUAGGAGAAGAUGAUGGGCGAUGGCGGGGUGAAGCAGAUAUUGGCGAAGCCGAUCCAGCUGGCGGACCAGGUGAGCAAGUUGGCGGACUUCGCGCACUCGUUCAAGCAGGAGUGCGCGGAGCUGAAGGCGAAGACGGAGCGCCUGGCGGGGCUGCUGCGGCAGGCGGCCCGUGCGGAUCUGUACGAGCGGCCCGCUCGCCGCAUCAUGAACGACACCGAGCAGGUGCUCGACAAGGCCCUCGCCCUCGUCGCCAAAUGUCGCGCCCACGGCCUCGUCCGCCGCGUCUUCACCAUCAUCCCCGCCGCCGCCUUCAAGAAGAUGUCGACCCAACUCGACAACUCCAUCGGCGACGUCUCCUGGCUCAUCCGCGUCUCCUCCUCCGCCUCCGCCGGUUCCGACGAUAGUGACGGCGACAUUCACCUCGGCCUCCCACCGAUCGCACAGAACGAACCCAUUCUCUUCCUCAUCUGGGAGCAGAUUGCCACCCUGCACACCGGCUCCCUCGACGCCCGCGCUGACGCCGCCGCCAGCCUCGUCUCCCUCGCCCGCGACAACGACCGCUACGGCAAGCUCAUCAUCGAGGAGGACGGCGUCGGCCCCCUCCUCCGCCUCAUCAAGGAGGGCCGCCUCGACGGCCAGGAGAGCGCCGCCCACGCCCUCGGUCUCCUCGCCCGCGACCCGGAGAGCGUCGAGCAGAUGGUCCUCGGUGGCGUCUGCUCCACCUUUGCCAAGGUCCUCAAGGAGGGACCCAUGAAGGUCCAGGCCAUGGUCGCCUGGGCCGUUUCCGAGCUAGCCGCCAGCCACCCCAAGUGCCAGGACGUCUUCGCCCAGAACCACGUCGUCCGCCUCCUCGUCAGCCACCUCGCCUUUGAGACCGUCCAGGAGCACAGCAAGUACACUAUCCCCUCCAAGGAUAUGUCAAUCCACUCCGUCGUCAUGGCCAACAGCAGCGGCAGCACCGCAGCCGCCAGGAACGACGCCAGUGCGUCGGUGGCCAUGGACAGCUCCGAGCAAGGUAUGGUCAAGCAUCCUACCGCCGACCAGAACCAGAACGCCAACACGAACCAGAUGCACUCCUUGAUCCAGUCCACCAUGGCCGUGAAAUCCAACAAGGUCCCGCACAAUUCCAACAGCCACAACCCGCACGCCAGCAGCAACGGCAAGCAGCAUCAUGUCACCUUGUCGGGGACCAGCAUCAAGGGCCGGGAGUUCGAGGACCCGGCCACCAAAGCCUACAUGAAGGCCAUGGCCGCGAAGGCCCUGUGGCAGCUCGCCAAGGGCAACCCGGCCAUUUGCAAGAGCAUCACCGAGUCCAGGGCUCUUCUCUGCUUUGCAGUGCUCCUCGAGAAAGGGACGGACGAAGUCCAGUACAAUUCGGCCAUGGCCCUCAUGGAGAUUGCACGUGUGGCGGAGCAGCAUUCCGAUCUCAGGCGUUCAGCGUUCAAGCCGAGUUCCCCAGCUGCUCGGGCAGUGGUCGACCAGUUUCUGAAGAUUGUAGAGAAGGCUGACUAUGAUGACCUUCUUGUUCCCUGCAUCGUGGCCUUGGGCUGCUUGUCAAGGACAUUCCGGGCAACGGAGACCCGAAUUAUAGCGCCAUUGGUCCGGUUGCUUGAUGAGCAGGAGAUGGUCGUCUCAAAGGAGGCUGUCAUUGCCUUGACCAAAUUUGCUUGCACCGAAAACUACCUCCACCUUGAUCAUUCGAAAGCCAUCAUCAAUGAGGGAGGGUCAAAACACCUGGUUCAGCUGGUGUAUUUUGGUGAACAUCUGGUUCAGAUUGCGGCAUUGAUAUUGUUGUGCUACAUUGCACUUCAUGUGCCUGAUAGUGAGGAUUUGGCGCAGGCUGAGGUUCUCACGGUGCUUGAGUGGGCUUCCAAACAGGGGUACAUGGUUCAGGACCCAAAGGUGGAUAGCUUAUUGCCAGAGUCAAAGGUUAGGUUGGAGCUCUAUCAAUCAAGAAGUAGCAGAGGAUACCAUUGAGUCUAGGGAAAACACCCUUGCAAGGGUUUGAUGGGCGCGGAAGAACAGCAGGGCCAGCUAUGUGCAUCUUUUCUGAAGGUCCAGGAAUGAACAUGCCUCGAGGUUGCUUCUAUAUGCAUUCUUAAGGUCACACCAAAGAAUUCCCUAAACUUAUUAGUUCAUCAAAGUGGUUGAAUGUGUUUGGUUCAUGAUUAGCUUGGGAAUUUUGGUCGCGGGGGCAUUGUUUGUCCCUAGUCAAGGAUUUCAUAAGCUGAAAGAGUGGAGCCUAUAUUGGUUUUGUUAGCAGAUCACUAUUUGGAGGGGCAUUCUAACUUUUCAAGCCUGAUAAUGUAUAUUGGCUGCUUUCAAUGGUGAACUAAUGUUAAGUGAAGCUUUUGUUACUGUGUAUGAUGUCCACUACAUAUCAAACGACUUUAGGUUUUCCAGUUAGCAUGUUCUUCCUUUUUGUAUCUUGUCACUGCGUAUUGUAUCAUUUAGACAUGAAAAGCUUCCACAGAGAGGGCUUUCAAUUC